AUGACAAAGACCGAAUACAUACGCCUUGACUUUCCGACAUUUGAGUUUCUCUUAGAUAAGAAGAUGGACAAAGAUACCGUUAAAGGCCUGUCCGAUGUAGCUAUAUCGCAAGCCCUGAGUGAUACCAGCUCUAGUCUCUAUAGAGAGCUCUCAUUACGCAUCAUGACUACGGCUGUCACAGGAAACAGAGCCUCUCGUCGUGAAACAAACGGUCUCGAUCGUACUUGCCCCAUUUUGACCAUCACUACAUUUGUUGAUGAAAACACCGCGAGAAUCGCAAAAGAACUCUUCCCAGACUAUACACUCCAAUUCAAUGGCCAGGAACUUGUCAGUAACCCCAGACCUUACGUUUUAUUUCAGCUUGCUACGGAGCAUGCUCUCUCUCUGUUUGGUGCGCAUAAUCACGACAUCAUUCAUCUUGGUGGCAACCCAAUGACAUACGCAAAAAAGCAGACAUCUCGGUCCAAUGUUCAUUGUUGUGUCGAUGAAUCUGACAUUUAUGUUCGUUCAGAAAUGAUCCAUAUGCGUGAAGAGCUCUGUGAAUUUGAAGAAGACGACUCAACGGUGAAUAAUAAACGUACCCACAAAGCCCAUAACAACAUGGUCAAUCUGAUAAAAAAUAAGGAGUGUACAUUAUACUGCGAUCAACCAAUGCUGUGCUCUUACGAUGCAUAUAAUAUGCUUGUCGACCACACAAAGUACGAUCUUUCCCUCGAGCAGAUCGGCUUGUGUAUGAUCAGGCACAAUGUCGGGCUUACCUAUGGCUUUUUCCCGUAUUCCCCAGAAAUGAUAUAUGCAGAUAUUGGAUACCUUUUUGCGCUUGAUGCCAAGUUUACUAUCGAUCGAGAGGAAGAUACCAUUACCAUUGAAUACAACCGAGCAGAUCAAUUUACACGGACCUAUAGAUACUCCAAUUACGUCGAGCUGUACGCAAAGAGUCUUAUCCAUGUGGGCGAAGAACGGUUCAAGGUCGAACUUAAUGAACCUCAUCGUGGGAACAUUGUUUAUUACAAGCUUGUUCGCCUUCCCCGAAACUCUGGUCCCGAAAAGAUUCCUAUUCAUCGCACGUCUUUUUUGGGAGAGAAUGAAAGGUGUGUCUUGCGCAUGCAUUUACCGAAAAGGAGUGAAUCAGAGAGCACAAGAAAACCACAUUUUGAAUUGGUCGAGCAUGUUGUUCACAAGUCCAUAUAUUCAACUGUCUAUAACUAUGCUCUGCGGAUGGCGCCUGGGAAACUGAGCUUCAAUGACAUUGACAACCACCUUUACAAGAUCGCUGGUGCACAAGGGUUCAAUAUGAAGAGCGUCUUUGUACCGAAACAUUCCUCAGUAAAGACAAUGCAUGAUAUUGCAAAGGCUAUUUAUUUCCGUGCCUAUUGUGAAAGAUUCAUGACUACUACAACUGUCAAGAUUGCGUUUGAUCGGCUGGACACGAACAUGGAAUCAUAUCGUUUUGAUAUCUCGACUGCAGUAGCAAAUUUCGUCAAAUGCUCUUAUUGGAGGACACUGAAAUCCUUUUUAGCUUCUCACUUGGAUGACACGCCAUGCCUAAAGGAAUCUGAUGCGGGAUUUUCUAAAAAAAUGUCUGGAUACUUACAUAUAUUUGUAAGCACCUGUUUAGCCAAGAAUGACCUAACUGUCGAGGAAGGUGACUACCCCGAAUAUAUUGAAUAUUCUGAUUAUCUUCGAGAGCAACAUUUUGGGUGGAUGGAUACGAUUAGAUUAAGAUUAGGAACAAAUAUUCGACAGCUACCAUUCUUUUCCGAAGAGAGAGAUUCUACCUACAUUGUUUGCAACUUUCACCCAAAAUAUCCUGGUGGCAUGUGGAGCCAAAGAUACGAAAACGUUGAAUGCUUCCAGCAGAUCUUAGUCCAAAGCAUAUCAAGUGAAACGCACGCUACAGCUCAGGACCAGCGCCGGAUACAUUAUAAAGAGCCCGAAAACUUAUGGAGUAAACUUUUUAACCUGGACGAGCAGCACUUGGGUAUCAAAGACGAAUGGAGCGAAAGAGAUGAAAAUGAUUCAGAGACAAAUGGAAAAAAUUCCGUCCAAUUUUUUUUAGAAGAAUUCGCCCCCAUGUUUGAGGUAGUGGCGUUUUUCGGCAAAAAUCUUACUAAAUGUCGAAAAUUGAAUAAUUGA